GUGCGCGCGCGUGUGUGUGAAAUUUAUAUUAUAUGGAUAUUUUGAUAUGUAUAUAUGUAUGUAUGUACAUACAUACUACAUAGCACCUUUCAAUUGGCAACCCGACAUGCAAAUGUGUAAAUUUAGGUUCGCUCAUGUAUGUACGUGACGUAUAUGUGCGUGUGCUGUUAGCUGUAUGAACCAAUGUCGAGAUUAGCUAUCAUAAUGUCACGUGUCUCUGCCCCGACUUCAUUUUUGUUUUAUCACGUGAAAAGGAUGAAAAAAAUUAACUUCAUCGUGAAGUCUUGCUGAACAAGUUACGAAGAAACAGGCUAUUCUAUUUAUUUAAGCAAUCUAGGAUCAUGUGAAGAACCAUAAUAAAUUUUUGGAUUCUCCCUUUCUGAGAUAAAUAAAAAAAAAAAGAUUCUCGUGGAAACGUAUAUUUUCCAAAAGCAAUGAAUGCUGCAAUUGCACUAUGCAUCUUCUGUGAAAUGCAUGGACCUAAAGUGAUAUUUACUACACAAACGUAUCGUACCUAUGAUACACAGAACACAGAAAAACUAAAAUUUUAUGGACCUAAAGAAGUGUUGAGAGGUUAUACUCCCUUGGAAGAUGGACAAGACGAAUGCGAGGGCUGUCAAAGCAUUGGGAAUGUUAAAUAUUUAAGUAAUGAGCAUGAAACAAGAACAUCCUUUUUGUCUGCUCAGCAAUCAUUAAUGCAAGAUAUUGGAAAUUUGCUGAAGCAUGCUUGCGUUAGGAGUCUAAGUUGCGAAGUGCAUCCUGGUAAAGAAGGUGUUUGCUACUUUGGAGAUGAAUACAGGGGGCAUGUUUUAAGUCAUACUUUUACAUUGAAAGAUGCCCAGGCAAGAGGAUUUAGAAGAUGGUGUAGUUUUAUUGUUUUCAUGAGAGACAAGCAAUUCUUGUUGAAUAUGUGGCCAUUUUUGAUUGACAAUUUAAAAGAGGUAAUUAGAGAAUUGCAAGAUUUUGCAGAGAGAAGAUAUAAUGCUGAAGAAGCAGAAUGUCCACAAAGGGCAAUGAGAUUGACAACAGCAAACAAUGGAAUGGGUUGUCAUAACGCUGCUAUUAAACAAUCUAGAACACUUACCGAUAUAACAAAUGAAAAGCAUGUUUUUGUAAGAAUUCACAUGUGGUUAGUAUGGAUCCUCAGUGCUGGUGCGAGACAUUUUAUAGAAAUUUUCCCAAUGAGUUUAUUAGAUGACGAACUUAAUUAUAAUUUUGAACAUCAAAUUGAAACUGAAGAAGGUUUUACUUUAGUGAACGCAAAAUUGCCAGUAAACUUUAAUUUUAACUGGGACAACUCGGAGCUUUUGCCAGAAUUUGCUGAAAUCGCAGAAAGAUCUACCGCUGUAAUUUUACGAAAUCUAAAACAAGUGCUAGGGAAAGAUCAGUUCAGACAGUUACUGUAUUCUUGUUUAACUGGUGUUCAAGUCUUGGUGAGAGGUCCAAAGGUUCAAAGAUUAGAAUCUUUGUAUGGACUUAGUAGUCUUGUUCCAAGAGCAUGUCGACGGGUAAAAACACAAACAUUGGAAUACAUGGAUCCUGAUACAUGUAACUUUAUCGGUGUAGGUACCUCAGUAGCAGUUCCCCUACCUUGUGCAACUGUAUGCAGAUUAGACAUAAUACUCAAUGAACACAAAGUUGGGAAUGCAAAAUCCCAUAUAGUUAAAUGGGCCGGUUCUCUACCAACAAAACUUCCGACCUUGUUAACAAAAAUUGAAAAAUCACUCGACAAUGAAAAACUUGGAAACUCAGUUCUUAAAGCACACUUUGCGACCCUUCAGGAAGAAUGGGCCAACAUUGCAAAAGUUGUUCACGCGAUGCGUGGACGGGGCCAUCGUGGUGAUCUCUCUGGACUCAUGCUUAGUUUGGGUGCUGGACCUCAGGACAAAAAGUUGCUAGACGCAUGGUCUAUGGGAUUACCAUCUAAUCCAGCAUAGUUUACAAAGAUUAAUUCAUUUUUUGUUGCACAUGUAGUAUAAAUAUCAUUGGAUGUAAUAUUUAUUGCGCAUAUAUAUAUAUAUAUAUAUA